ACGCCAUAUCACGUGUAAGAGAUUAUUAAAUCGUGCUCACGAGAUUCCAUUAAAGGAUUGAAUGUGUUGAUUACUGAUAUACUGUCAACCAUGAAGCUGUUUAAUGUCUUACUGAAAGAUGUCACGCGCAAAAUAGAGUUUUAUUCACGCUUCUCUCCUUCACCGAUGUCCAUCAAGCAGUUCUUGGAUUUCGGUAGAGAGAACGCUUGUGAAAAGACCUCCUAUAUGUUCCUGAGAAAAGAACUGCCUGUUCGUUUGGCCAAUACAAUGAGAGAAGUCACUCUGCUGCCUGGCAAUCUGCUAAACCAGCCAUCUGUCAAGCUGGUCCAGAGCUGGUACAGCCAGAGUUUUGAGGAGCUGUUAGAUUAUGAAAACCGGAGCCCAGAGGAUCCUCACAGUCUUAAUGAUUUCUUAGACCUCCUUAUCCAGAUCCGGAACAGACACAACGAUGUGGUUCCCACCAUGGCCCAGGGAGUGAUCGAAUACAAGGAGAAGUUUGGUUUUGACCCUUUCAUCAGCAGCAAUGUGCAGUACUUCCUGGAUCGUUUCUACACCAGCCGCAUCUCCUUUCGCAUGCUCAUCAACCAGCAUACUCUCCUCUUCAGUGACGGCAUCAACCAUGCCCAUCCCAAACACAUCGGAGGCAUCGACCCAGCCUGCAACGUAGUCGAAGUAGUAAGAGAUGCAUAUGAGUCUGCAAAGAUGCUCUGUGAAAAGUAUUACAUGAUAGCACCUGAGUUACACAUCCAGGAAUUCAACAGCAAGAACCCCGAUAAGCCCAUCCAGGUGGUCUACGUGCCGUCCCAUUUGUUCCACAUGCUCUUUGAGCUCUUCAAGAACUCCAUGCGAGCUACGGUGGAGCUUCAUGAGAACAACACAGCAUCAAUUCCCCCUGUGAAAGUCUGUGUAACUCUGGGAAAAGAAGAUCUCUCCAUAAAAAUUAGUGAUUUUGGAGGAGGCGUACCAUUGAGGAAGAUUCACCGCCUCUUUAACUACAUGUACUCCACAGCUCCGACACCAUCCCUGGAUCCUUCAGAAAAUGCUGUGCCUCUGGCUGGCUUUGGCUACGGUUUGCCCAUCUCCAGACUGUAUGCACGCUACUUCCAGGGAGACCUAUGUCUCUACUCUAUAGAGGGAGUAGGCACUCAUGCAGUCAUCUAUCUGAAGGCUCUGUCCAGUGAGUCCUUCGAGCGACUCCCUAUCUUCAACAAGUCAGCGUGGAGGCAUUAUCAGUUAGGGCCAGAGGCGGACGACUGGAGCAACCCCAGCAGAGACCCUCGGGACGCAUCCAGAUUUAAAACAAACUAACAGACUGACACAUUCUGUGUAUCAGUGAAUGUGACCUGGAGCGUAUUCACUCAGAAUGAACAGAAACCGACAUAUCCUGGGAAUUGGGUGCGUAGAUUAGAAUACAGCUUGGAUCAGGUACCAAUUUAUCACCAGAGUGAGAAAGUGCACAUGCACAUAACUUUUAUUAUACAUGUGGAUCACAUAGGAAUCGGUACAAUACAGUAUCGUGUGUAAUGGUGGAGAAAUACAUUUAAUACAUUGAUAUGUAUUGCUGUGGGCAGUUUGACUCCAAUUUUUGAUUUAUUGCUUUUUGAAAGACACUGACUUUUUAUUACAGCUAAAUAUCGUGUAAGAAUAGGCAUAGGUUAUCCCGUUUUUGUAUAAUAAAUAAUCGGUAAAUAAAAUAUAAGGGCUGGGGAUCGUUCAUAUAAGCUUUAUGGUGUCUCUGGGAAAGUCAGGAAAACCAUUAAAAUACAGCUUAAUCCAUUAUUUCUGUAUGUCUUUGAUAUAGAUUAAUUUAUGAAAAAUAUAAUGGGUAUCAUUUUAAUAUGACGAAUAUUGCAAAUACAGCAGUGCAGUUUGUAACCAAACUGGGAAUGAAACUUUGGAAUGCAGCAGACAGGCUUUGACAGGUUUGGGAGGAAUGUGAGUGUUGGAUUUUAGAUGUCGUGUAUGAUGGUGGAUUGAAAUUUUCCUGUAUGCUGCUGGCUCAGCCUGUGAAAGCUUUAGGAAGGAAACGGUGCAGGGGUGUGGUAGGGUUCAGAGAGCCGGAGGUGAGGGAGAGCGUCCUCUUGUGGGGCUGCUGCUCGGGGAGGUGCGGGGCGACUGGUACGGGGACAGAGCCUGCAGCACACGGCCACUCCGCUCCUGGAUCAUAUGCUUUUGGGGAAGAGUGCACAUUAUAAAUAAGAUUUAAUUUGUUCUCAUUUUAUUUUUCAUUUGCUUCCUAAAUGAUUAUUGAAUGCUUCACUUGCUCACCCAUGGUCCAUCGGGGCCAAAGAGCUCCAGAAAGUUUCCAAUAAACUCACGGGAUUUUUCUUCCCAUUUCAGUA